AGAUUUCUGCAGCCAUGAGCGUGGUGCCGGGAGUCGCGUAGACGCGAUCGCCAAUCGACGAUCUGUCCGAUCGGGUAUUCCUCGGUAUCGCGAGUACUAUUAUCUCGACGGAUACGGAGCCGGAAAAGAGGGUGACGCGAUGACUGUCACCGAGCUGGAUACGGAGCGAGUGUUCGACGACUUCGUCAAGUCCAGGGAGCUGACCGUCGUUCACUUUUACGCACCAUGGGCGGCGCAGUGUUCCCAGAUAGACGACGUGCUCGAGGAGAUGUGCAAGCUGGAGGAGUACAGAGGUGUGCAGUUUGGCAGGGUCGAGGCUGAGAAUGUACCCAUGGUGUCUCACAAGUUCGGAAUAGCGGUGGUGCCCACCGUCCUCUUGCUGAGAAACAGCUGUAUAGUGGACAGGGUGGACGGUGUCAACACCAUCGAGUUGACCGGCAAGGUCAAGCAUCACUUGUACAACAAGGAUCCGUUGUCAGACCAUGUGAUCAAAUUCAAGGAACCACUGGAGGAGAGACUGAAGAAACUGACCAAUCAGGCGCCCUGCAUGCUGUUCAUGAAAGGAAACCCGGCGCAACCGCGAUGCGGCUUCUCCAGAACCAUCGUCUCGAUCCUGGACGGCUACAAGGCCGAUUACAAGACGUUCGACAUAUUGCAAGACAAUGAGGUUAGGGAGGGACUGAAAAAGUUAAGUAACUGGCCGACGUAUCCGCAAUUGUACAUAAACGGAGACCUGAUCGGCGGAUUGGACAUUGUGAAGGAGAUGAGUGAGUCGGGCGAGUUGGAAUGUAUGUUACCGAAGAAGGAAAGUGUCGAAGAGAGGCGAGUCGCCGGUGCAUCUGUCUAAGCAGUCUUUCGAAUAAAAUAUUAGUGAAGUAAAUCUUGCUCAUUCAAACACAAGCACACAUAUGUACAUCUGUAAGGAAAGAGAACCCAAUAUAACUAAUAAGUCGCAAGAAA